UUUCUAAGCUUCUUCUUGGAUACUUUCACUCAAUUUAAACCACAACAACUACACCCACCAGAUACGGUUACAUUUAUUAUAAAUGCAACACAAGGCAGAGUGAGUAAAUACAGCAAUCAAUUUCAUUACAUUACUUUAAAGUUCGAUUCAUUUCAUAACUCAGAUCUCAAAAAUCAUGACUCAAACAACACCAAAUCACACACAGACUGUUUCCGGCUGGGCAGCUCACGACUCUUCCGGCAACAUCACUCCUUACAUCUUCAAGCGAAGAGAAAAUGGCGUAAAUGAUGUUACGAUCAAGAUCUUGUACUGUGGGAUUUGCCAUACUGAUCUUCACCAUGCUAAGAAUGAUUGGGGUAUUACCAUGUACCCUGUUGUUCCAGGGCAUGAAAUUACUGGGAUAAUUACAAAGGUGGGAAGCAAUGUGAAGAAUUUCAAGGUGGGAGACAGAGCUGGGGUGGGAUGCUUGGCGGCUUCUUGCUUAAACUGCGAGUUCUGCAACAAUAAUGAGGAGAAUUAUUGUGAGCAGAUACAAUUGACGUAUAAUGGCAUUUUUUGGGAUGGCAGUAUUACCUAUGGUGGCUACUGUGAUGUUUUUGUUGCAGAUCAUAGGUAUGUAGUGCACAUACCGGAAAACUUGCCGAUGGAUGCAGCAGCGCCGCUUCUCUGCGCCGGAAUUACUGUAUUCAGUCCUAUGAAAGACCACAACCUACUGGAUUCACCAGGAAAAAAAAUAGGAGUUGUGGGUUUAGGAGGUCUCGGGCAUGUAGCUGUCAAAUUUGGCAAGGCAUUUGGUCACCAUGUCACGGUCAUUAGUACCUCUCCUUCUAAAGAAAAAGAAGCCAAAGAACGUUUGGGGGCAGAUGAUUUUAUAAUCAGCACCGAUCCUAAACAAAUGCUGGCAGGAAAGAGGACAUUGGACUUGAUUUUGGACACAGUAUCGGCCAAGCACUCACUUGGGCCAAUUUUGGAAUUGCUCAAAGUGAGGGGCACAUUAGUAGCAGUUGGUGCACCAGACAGGCCUUUUGAGCUGCCUUCUUUUCCUUUAAUAUUUGGCAAGAGAUCGGUUAAAGGAAGCAUGACGGGAGGAAUGAAAGAAACACAAGAAAUGAUGGAUGUUUGUGGGAAGUACAAUAUUACUUGUGACAUUGAAGUUGUUAAACCAGACAAAAUCAAUGAAGCCUUUGAUCGACUCGCAAAGAACGAUGUUCGAUAUCGCUUUGUCAUUGACAUUGCUGGAAAUUCAUUGCAUGUUUAGUCUAUUUUCUGUUGUAUUUUCAUUUGCUUUCUGUGUUAAUCUCAUGUCUUGUUGUUGAUCAUACUGAAUUCUGUAAUGCCAACUUCUUUUAAUACAAAUAGAUCAGUCCAAAUUUGGUAAUAGUAA